CCUCACCAAACGGCUGAGACGGUGGCUUUGAUUGACCUGGGGGGCUGUUCACAAACUCAGACACCUCCGCCUCCUCGUGAAACGCAGACCGGCAUAAUGUCUUGGCGCCUAUUGGCUAAGCAGGGGGCCGAAGCGCGAAGGUUUUACGGGAAUAUCUUCGCUGAUUGGUCGCUUGCUUCUUUGUCUUUGAGCACUGUGUUGUGUGAAUGCGCUCAGAUUAAAGGGACUAUUUCCCCGGACCAGCUGUCUACCAGCACGGACACAACAAAGGACCCAGGAUGGUGUUGGUACACGUUGGAUAUUUAGUUCUCCCCGUCUUCGGCUCGGUUAGAAACAGAGGCUCACAGCUGUCCCGACACCAACAAAGUCAUGCCCCUUCUUGCCGACACAUCCACCUUGGGGCCCCGCAGGCGGCCGUCUCUGCCGAGUUCCCCCUGGGACAUGGCGGCCAGCCCCGCCUGACGGCGGCGCUUGCCCCCCACCUGCCCCCGGUGCACCACCAGACCCUCGCCACCUUGACGGCCGCGUCAGUACCGCCACCUCCACCCCCUCCUCCGGCCACAUUCCAGGAUGCGUCCGGGCCCUCCUUCCUACCUCAGGCUUUACAGCAGCAAUACCUCCUCCAGCAGCAGCAGCUACUGGACACCCAGGACCGCCGGACCCUCCCCCACUACAGAAGAGCCCAAGAGCGAGUUCCUCUGAUCCAUCAGCGUUUACGCCCCGGCUAUGAGUAUGCCCCAGGGCUCCAUGUUCCUCAGCCAGUGGGCCAGCAGCCACGCUACCUUGCUGAGGGCACAGACUGGGAUCUGAGCGUAGACGCCGGCCUCUCGGCCCACCAUCAGUACCAGCUCCAGCAGCUUCCACAGCACUAUCAGCACUACCUGGCCACUCCCAGAAUGCACCACUUCACCAGGAACUCAACUUCUGCACAAGUGGUGGUGCAUGAGAUCCGGAGUUACCCGUACCCCCAGCUCCAUCUUCUGGCCCUGCAGGGCCUCAACCCUUCACGCCACGCCACUGCUGUGCGGGAGAGCUAUGAGGAACUGUUGCAGCUGGAGGACCGCCUGGGUAGUUUGAGCAGAGGAGCAAUGCAUACAACCAUCGAGAGAUUCACCUUCCCACACAAAUACAAGAAGAGGAAGCCUCUAGAAUGGAAGAUGGGAGAGGAGGAUGAGGAGGAGAAGGAGACAGAUGUGGAUGAGAAGUGCACAAUCUGCUUGUCCAUGCUGGAAGAGGCUGAGGAUGUUAGGCGGCUCCCCUGCAUGCAUCUCUUCCACCAGGGCUGUGUGGACCAGUGGCUGGCCACCAGCAGGAAGUGUCCCAUCUGCAGAGUGGACAUUGAGACACAGCUGCACCCCGGAAGCUGAUAAGCAUGAGGCUCAACAUCUACAGUACAUGCCGGCUAAACACCCCGAGAUCGACUUCCACCCCUUGCAGGGUCCCCCCCCCCCCCCCCCCCCACACACACACACACUUUCCCCACCUUAUGGGUGCUUUGCCAAAUGUGUCCAGACCUUCACGUGACUUAAACCCCCACCCACUGACUCACGCGUUACUGAGCCAAGCCACGAUUACUAACUGCACAAGAGCGUGUGUGUGUGUGUGUGUGUGUGUGUACGCACGCGCGUGUCUGUUUGUUUGUGUGUGUGUACGCGCGUGUGUGUCUGUUUGUGUGUGUGUACGCGCGUGUGUGUGUGGGGGGGACAGACUGACUAAUGUACCCAGGGUUUACUCCUAGCUUGCUGGAUGUUGGUGGUGUGUUCUUGUAGUCUAGGUAGCCUGGGCGUUGUAGCAUGUUCCUUAAGCCAUGGUCCAAUUCCAACAAAUUGAAGGAAAAACUAGUACUUCUACUCACUGCUGUCUACUUUAUACUUGUUGGAUUCCUUGGAUUUCUUUAUUUCCCUAAAUGUAUUCAGUCAAAAUGUGUACUCGGCCACCCAAGGAAUAGGAAACGCCCCUCUGCCAUACGUCGCCUCAUGGUUCAUUUGUGGUUGUGUGGUGGUGGUGGUGUGGCGUUGCCCAUAUAGUUGCAUCCGGUAGUCCUAUGCUUUGUUGGAGGAACAAACCAACACACUGUUUCUACGUUUUGCAAUACAACCGUACGUGUAUCUUGUAACCCAAAGGGUCAUGUGACAUAACCGCUGUGAAGCGCGCGCGUGUGUGUGUGUGUUAGAGGCUAAGAUAAACAUUAGAAAAGUCUGUUACCCAAAUAUUUUUUUGUAUUAUGGUGUAGCUUGACCUGAUGCUCAGGUUAAAUGAGUGCUCUUCCCAUGUUGUGCGAUUUUCAUAAAUGUUUUUGUGGGUGAGUGUGAGAGAGAUUUGAGUGUUUCAAGACUUCAAUCACAAAGAGUUUACUUUAGUUAGACUACAAACAUGGCCGCUGAAGUGUUUAUACAAUUCAAAGCCAAAUAAGGGAAACCAUGAAAAAAUAAUAAAAGUGCAAAUAUCCUCCAUGUAGGGCCUGGCCUGGCCCCGUCACACCCUUCAGCGAGGUGUAGGGGGGUGUAGGUAGAGCUGCAAUGAACUGCCUUGGUACAGUUCUGGCACGCAUUCUCUGGUUCAAGCAGUGUGCUGGACUGCAUGUUAUCUGUUGUUGACAUGGUGGUGAUCUUUGUGUUUUUCGUUUUCAAAGGAACGCUACAGACUAAUCUGAGCAUGACAGUUUCUGAGCUGUGAUUAUCUUAUCGACAAAAAAAAUGGAAAAAAUUAAUGUGCACGAGGUAGGUGGCAGUGUUCAAACAGAACUUGUAGCUUGUGUUCAUUCACGUCUACUGUCGGUAGCAGCGAUGGAAACCCACUGAUGUUAACCUUUAUUGCCUAUCAAUAACAAGCACAUGUGAUUAUAAAUAUAGCAAAGAACCGUUUUCUUUUCCUACGUAUUGCAUUGGAGGAUGGUAUAAGUAUUGUUAGGUAGAGAGGAACGUGCAGAAGGAAACGGUGACACGCUCUGGGUUUAUUGUGUUGUGCUGUGUUCUGUAGCAGGGCUCCCCUCGUUAUGGUCGUCAUGCUGGUGGCUAUGCUGUAACGCUAGGAAAAAAAUGUAUAGAAUGUGUGACGGAGGAAGAGGUCUCUUUACAGUGCACACAGAAGGAAAUGGCAAAACAAAAAGCUCCUUCACAUGCAUGGUUAAAUAUGAACAUGCUUAUUUGUCAUCUAUUUGGAUGAAGUAAACCUCUAGUGUUCCUUCUUCAGCCCGGUAACCACCGUGGGCAUAAAGUUAGAAGGAGGAUCUGGGAUUUCCCCCCCAUCCCAGACCCUUUAAAGCUUUGUGGACAAAGGAGGUUUAGAUUAGCGCUGAUUACGGCGGGCAUAUGUCCUCCUGUCCGGUGCACUGCCAUGGACACGGCCUCCUCGCGGUCGAGUCAGUGGGGAAGUUUUGUUAGUUUACACAGGGUGUUAUCAGUUGAGAUGCCUUAAGUAUUUAACAAUCAUAAUUUAUUACUAAUUGUAGAUAUGUACGUCAUUUUAUAACGUUAUUUCUUUUGUGGGGGGUGGGUGGUUUAAUCAUUAUUUAUUUAUAUAGAAAUAACUCAAAAUGAUUUGGGACAAAAAAAAACGUAUACCUCAUUUUUGCAAUGAUUUUAAAUGGGAAUGCUUUGCAUGCAGUUGUACUUUGAAAAUGGAAAACAAAAAAAGCCCUGCUUUUUGCCUCCGUAAGCUGGCUGUGCAUUGUUUAAUGUGCUCGGCUGCCUUCUUUCUUUUCUCUAUCGUGUGGCCCUCCCUCUCUUUCUGUCUCUCUCUCUCUCCUCACUGGUGCUGUGGCUCUUGGUAACAUUCCCUUCAAUGCAAUCUCUGAUCUCCUAUGCUAUGGCCUCGUGGACAAACUGAAACGGAGGGAGAAGUGAAUGCUUUGGGAUUUCUUUGUUUUUGUAUUUUUUUUCAUGCUUUUUCCUGAUCUGCUGUUUUAAUAUGGGAACCCUCUCACUGGCAUCAUGCAAUUCCAACAUAGUUUAAUAUUAUCUGCAUAUUCUCUGCCUCUCGAGCUAAUGCACGAACCUGAAGCGACAAUCCCUCUGCGAUCUCAUGCUUACUGCUGAUUUCAAUCCUUAUUUAGUAUUUCUACUAUUUCUCUCCAUGCACAACAACUGCAGCAAUGUAAGGGCCUCACUCUGUGUUUCUAUAUCCAUAUUAUCAUUAAAAGAAAACAUAUUCCCCAAAGAAAACAAAACAGUCCUUCAUUUAAAUGAUUCAAUUCCCUUCAAACUAUAUUGAUUAAGAAUAUGUAAAACCAGAGGGGCAAGUUUACCUGUAAUCUCAUACAUAAAAAACAUUUACUUAUUAAUGUAUUUCUCAUUUGAAUUAUAAAUAUUCAGAAUCCUCUUAUAUAUCAUGAAACUCGGGUGACGACACAGGAUUUCAAAGCACAACCUUUCUAAAAAUGCAUGUUCUUCUCAGGUUAUAAUGUAGUCUAAAUGGUAUUGUAUAUGGUGGAAAAUACAUACAAAGAAUAAAACUAUUGAAUACAUUUUUGCUGCUGCUUCAAAUCCGAAUAACUAAAUGGACGGAUAAUAUCCCCCAAAAAAGUGCCAGUGAAAGGGCUGCCAGCAUCUGUAUGAAAUCUGUUGUUUAGCUGAGACUGCGCAAUGUUUUUCAAUAUAUAUUUAUCAUUAAUAUUUACUAUUUAUCAUUAAUAUUAAAGCAAUAGCUCAAUACGGAUGAUUGUGUUGAUGAAGUAAUGGAUGAGCAUAUUAUGGGUAAAUGUUACAAUUCAUUUGGUGGAAUUUUGUAAUUUAUUUAUUACUACUAAUGAUAAUGAUUUUGAAGUUGCAUUGCUAAACCCAAACUCUUCUGAUUUGUUUUUAUAUUUGUUUUACUUCAUUGCUUAUAUAUUUUCCUUUUGUAUGUUCCCUUUUUUUGUAAUAAACUGGAUAAAAUAUAUGGUGUGUGUGCCACUGAUCAUUUACAUUUUUUUUUUAACUUAACUUUUAGAAGCUCAAAUUGAUACUCUUACACGCGUCUUGCUUAAAAUCAAAGUGAUUGCUGUGAAAUUGUGACCAUAAGAAAAUAAUUGACGAAGCUUUAUACAUAAUGAAAAAAAAUGAGUUGAUGCAUUCCUGAUCCAUAUGCAAGCGGCCAUCUUGUAUAUCUCCGUUCUUCUCUUUGGCACCACCUAUGGUGAGAAAAGCAAGUCUGUUGGCUCCGCCAUACUCUGGUGUAACAGGCCACUGCUGGAGAAUGGAAAACGCAUCACUAACUGCAAAGCUUGUGAUUUGAAUGCCUGGCGUGAUAGUCGCCACUGACAACCAUUUCCUAUUCAUAACACUGCAGAAGAUGCAGGGUUUUCAUUGGUGGUCCACAGGCUCAAUCCACAUUGUUUUGGCUCAUCUGGUGGUUGAUGGUGACCUUUUAUUUAAAUGAAAAUCUUUGGAGAUCCUAGAGAUUGCCACUUUAAAAAUGAUAAGGAUGGCAACUUUAUAUAUACCUGAAUAAGAGAAUAAUUGUCAGUAUGAACUCUCAAUUUCUAAUUGCUGUUGAUAAAUUACGAAAUGAAUGUAAAAAAAAAAAAAAGAUAUAAAGCCAACAUCAGUUCCUGAGCGUUGAGGUUUUCAGUACACUUUUUUAUACUUAUCCCAUGAGUCCUUAGGCAAUAAAACGAUGCCUCCAUACCAAGGGAAGUCUAGGACGUUGGGUAGUGUUUGUUUCUUGGGGUAUCAUCAGUAUUUGGGGUAAAUAAUCCUGAAGAUCUGUCCGUCCGCCUUCUUGGUGUCCAGCCACUUCCCACACAUAAAGACGGUGGUGACCCCGUUGGCGGUGUUGGUGACCUCCACGCGGUCCAGCAGCCAGCCCGGACUCAGGCCUGUGUUGUCGUGCUCCAUCUUCACCCUGAGCAGCUCACCCAUGUCCAGCAUCUCCAGGACAAAGCGGUCCGCCUGCUCGCGCUCAAACAGGUUUCGGAAC